AAAAGGUCAAAGGUUAUAGUGUGUGCUCAAUUUUUGCCUGUCAAAAUGUUUUCUUUCUUGUGUCAGGGGUGAUGGAGGAUUCCCAUUUCAAUUCUUCAUAUUUCUGGUCUCCUGUACAGGGACAGAUUGAGAAUGCUGUAUUUCUCAAUAAGGUAAAAGAGCAGCUUUGUCAGGACAAAGCCCCCACCUACUCGCAUGGCCCUGCCCACUAUCCCACCACAGCAGUGGUGGCAGUUGCUGGGGGUGCCAUGGAUACAACUACAGCAAGGACACUAAAACAGGAGCAUGCACAACCAUCUCAGUCCUCACACAGUAUCACAGUGUUGCCAGUACCGCCUACUGGCAUCAUGACGGCAGCGGGUUUGGUCACUCUGGUGUCUCCAGUGUCAUCUGCUCAGUCCUUUUUUCCUGGACAUCCAUCUACCACCAUGAUAACAGUCCAGACUGACAAGAAAAAUGACUCUGUGCCCUGCUCACCGGUUAUCAUCCCGUUACCGUCGAAACGAGGCAGAAAGAAGAAAGACACACUCCCAUUGGUUGGCUCACUUACUGGGACAGAUCACUUGAUUUUGGGUCUUUCAGGACAGCAUCAUUCUGCCAACCCUUACAGUCUGUCCCCAGAAGAAGGGCAUGCUGGGAAAGAGGGUGGAAAAACAUACAGAAACCACACAGAAACCAAACCUCAUAAGUGUCCUCAUUGCUCGAAAUCAUUUGCCAACACAAGCUACCUUGCUCAGCAUGUACGAAUACACACAGGAGUUAAACCUUACACCUGUAACUACUGCCAGAAGACCUUCAGACAACUCAGUCACUUACAGCAACACCAGAGGAUCCACACAGGCAUCAGGCCAUACAAAUGUGCACAUCCUGGUUGUGAGAAGUCUUUCACUCAGCUCUCUAACCUACAGUCUCAUCGGCGUCAGCACAACAAGGACAAACCGUACAAGUGUCACCACUGUAACCGAGGUUAUGUAGACGCAGCCAGCCUGGAGGUUCAUCUGUCCACUCACACAGUCAAGCACGACAAGCUGUACUCCUGUGGUUUAUGCAACCGCACAUAUACCUCGGAAACAUAUCUGAUGAAGCACAUGCGAAAACACGCUCCUGGUAUGCUUCCGUCUCCACCCGGAUCAAACCAACAAAGUCACAGCCCCAGUCACGCAGGAGGAAGCGGCUCGGAUAGAGACGCGCAAAGCCAAGCUGAGAGAAGUAAUGCCUUCAUCCACCCAGUUGGUUUGCCGUGCAUAUUCGACUUGAACCAAUACAAACCAGUACCUUCUGCAGAUGUGCAGUAUAAAACUGUCAGUGUAUCUGACAUCUCCCCUCACAAAGACCUCUGCAUCACUGUGGAGGCUUCUGCCAUACAGGUGGAACACCUCAACUCAUGAGGAAUCCCAUGGAGCGAGGGAUGAAGCUUUGGAGGUUAGAAAAAAACUUUUGCAAUUGACGAGAUCCACAAAGCGCUGUGGAUAUAGAAUGACUUUUCUUACUUGAUACCUUUUUAUUUGUAUGAAGGAGCAAGUGGAUUUAAAUGGACAGAAGUGAAGAAAACAUACUUUUUUCCCCCCUUUCCAUUUUUUAACAUGUAUUGCUGUAAUUCUGAUCUUCCUUCCAAAACCUUCCUUGAAGACUUGCUGUUUCAGUGGGUACCCAGCUCAUAUAUCAAGUCUUUUCGUGAAAUUUCUGGUUUAUCUUGUUUGUAUGAUGGUCUGCAUCUGUAGUUGUUGGUACGAUCACUGACUGCACCGUCAACAUUCUUAUUGUUACUGUCAAUAAGAACGGAAAUAUUGUGUCUGUUUUUGUUUUGUUUUUAAAAAGGGAAAUUAGUUUGCAGUCAUAUACGUAAAACAAAAGCACAUUUGGUUAUCAGAUGUAUUGUGUGUGUGAAUGAGUAAAGGACAACCGUAAAUAGGA